AUGCAAGAAAGCCAAGGAAUUGUAUUGAAUUAUGGUGAAGGGAAUACGACUGUGAAGCUUGGAACUCCCAUUUUGAAGAGCUUUGCUGUUUGCGAGGUCUGUGUGGAAGUUAAUUCCAAGACUACUUCACCUUUCAGGAUAAACAUGGCACAAUCUUGUAGUCGUUACCCUGAACAUGAGGAGGCAAUAGAAACAAGGACAAAAGAAUGCAGCAAUGGGACUCAGACAAUUAGUAUGAGAUUUGUAGAUAAACCUAUUCAGUAUCGGGGAUUGUUUCAAAUGAUCUUUGUGCUGGGAAUUGGUGGAAGUUUCCCAUUUGGGUUCCAUAUUUCUGUGAUCAACUACCCUUCCCUGCACAUUAAGACCUUUAUCAAUGAAACCUGGAUAGAGCGAUAUGGCUAUCCCCUCCAUCAUGAGACCAUCAAGUUGUUGUGGUCCUUCAUUGUGUCUGUUUAUGGUAUAGGAGGAGUGCUAGGGAGCCUAUCCUGUGGCUUUCUUACGACAAGAUACAGAAAAAAGAAGUGUCAGAUUGUCACUAACCUGAUCAUGCUAGUAGCUGCACUUUUCAUGGCCUUCUGUAAGAUGGCCAGGUCCUUUGAGAUGAUUCUGAUUGGGCGCUUCCUCUAUGGCAUUGGUGCAGGUUUCUCUCUCACUAUACAUCCUCAGUAUGUAGGAGAGAUUUCACCCAAGAAGCUGCGUGGAUUUUCAAACGCCACUCUCUCUGUAUUUCUGACACUAGGAAAAGUCUCAGGGCAGAUUUUUGGAUUAAGAGAGCUCUUAGGAAAUGAAUCAUUGUGGCCAUUGUUGUUGGCUUCUACUGGACUCACAGCACUGAUUCAAUUGAUUAUGCUCCCAUUCUUCCCUGAUUCCCCGUCCUACCUUCUGAUACAGAAGGGUAAUGAGGAUGCCUUCAUGAAAGCCAUUAAGCAGCUCUGGGGUGAAGGAGAUCAUCAGGCAGAGAUUGACGACAUAUUGAAGGAAAAGGCUGCAAUGAAAAGCACCAAAAACUUGCGUGUCCUGGAACUAUUUAAAGAACGAUCCUUGCGCUGGCAAUUGUACAUUUUGGUCACUGUCAUGACCACCUUGCAGCUUAGUGGCGUCAAUGCAAUCUAUUUCUACUCUUUUGAAGUGUUCCGUACAGCCAGGUUCGAAGAAGAUCUCAUCCCCUACAUAUCACUAGGAAUUGGGAUGUGUGAAUGCCUAUCAUCUAUAGUGUGUAGUUCCCUUAUUGAGCGAUUUGGCAGGAGGAUGCUGUUGUGCGGAGGAUAUGUACUAAUGAUUUUUGUGUUAGCACUCCUCACGAUGACUCUCUCCCUGCAGCAUCAAUUCUUUUGGAUGCAUUACUUCAGCGUCACUCUGAUCUUCUUGUUCGUUAUCUGCCAUGGAAUUGGACCAUCUGGAGCCACCGUAUCCAUAAUGACUGAAAUCUUCAGCCAGUCAUUCAGACCAUCAGCCUUUCUGAUUAAUGGAUGCAUCAGCUGGACGUGGCUCUUUGUCCUUGGAAUGAUUUUCCCCUACAUCGUGGAAGGCCUCGGACCUUUCUGCUUCCUUAUAUUUUUGGGGAUCCUUGUGUUCUCAACAAUCUUUACCUACCUGUUCCUCCCUGAGACAAAGGGGAAGUCAAUCAUGGAAAUUAAAGGGGAAUUUAAUAAGUUAAAUUUUGGAAAGAAACAACCUGUGAACAUAGAAAGUAAUUUAUCUAAGGAACACACCUUCUGCACCAAACUCUGA